GCAAAUCUACUCGAACGUGGCGAGCCAUGGAGCAGCUGCAUAAAUAUGGUUAUGUCUGCGUCUACAUAACAUUACAUGAUCUCACUUUGCAUGAUGAGGAGACCUUCUGGAGAUCUUUUGGCCAAGCUUUCACCUGUUCUCUUAACGGUUACUUUGGUAGAAACGGAACCAUGUUCCAAUCGAAAAUUCUUAUACCUGACAUCACGAGUGUUGAGAUACUUCAAAAUGUUAUUGCUAAGUCGAAUGACCUUUGGAGUGAAGUGAGAAAUUUUUGUGCAGAGCAGGCACAGCAAGUACCAGAAAAUCCUCUCAUUAUCUUUGUAGACGAAUUCGACAGUGUUUCUAUCAGCAAUACAAUAUGCAUGUCUUUCCUGAACAAAGUUCAUGGAAUCAAGACCAACGACAUAUAUGCUGUGCAGUCUAUAAUUGGAAUUGGCACUUUUAACAUCUUGCAACUGAGCUCAAGCAAUCAUCACUACUCGCCAUUCAACAUAUCCGACACCUUUAUUAAUCCAAAGUUUACCAAAAAAGAUGUAAAAUGCCUUUUCCAACAAUUCCAUGAGGAUAAUUCAGAUAUUGGAUAUCAUGUUGCAGACCGUGCUAUAGAAACAAUCUACCGAAAUUCCAAUGGGCAUCCUGGUCUCGUUAAUCUCUGCGGACGUGCAAUCGAAAACUGGCUGAGAAAAUGGCACUGCAAUUGUGGUAAAACAAAUAUGACAUUUGCCGAGUGGUUAUUCUAUAGUGCGAUCAACUUGCAAAAUGAAAUACCAACGUACACUACAUUCGAUGAAAUGUUAAAAAAUCUCCACAAGAAAGAAGGUGCUAUGAACCUACUCCGUACUUAUUUCCUUGGAUCUCUAGACUCUGUUGUUAUCACAAAUGACCAUGAACGUGAAAUAGCUGGAUUUCUAGUAGGCCUAGGUGUUCUUGAGAUUGUUGGAAACGACACUAUUCCUAACACUUUCAAAAUAUCAUCCCCUUACAUUGACAUGAUAAUUCGACGCCGCAGCCUUCCCGAAUUUGAUAAAAACUUCCCAACAUUGCCUCCCCCCAAAAAUUCAGCUAACAUACUAACAAUAGUAGAAACCUUAAAACAUGCUUUGAAAUUCUUCAAUCAAGCUAUUAUUUGUCAAGCACCCGAUCGUUCGUUUAAGAUGGCAAAAGUCCCUGUAGGAGAUGUUAGAAAUACCGCUGUCCCUCGAGAAAGCACAUAUGAUAUGGAGUUGAAUAGGGUCUUGCCAGUGGUUAUACUUGAACUUUUAGCCACAGGAACUGAUAAAGAACUUGAUGAACAUUUUACCCAGUCACUUGAAUAUUCAAAGAGUUUUUCUGAAGCCGGAGCGGCUGGAGUUGAAGUUUGGGUCAUUAAUUUUACCCGUGCGGAUGAUACUCUUUCAAACCCUCAUUGGCAGAGCAAUGAGCAGGCAGCAGAUGGCCUCAACGUUAUGCACAUUUGGCAUGAUAGAAACUUCAAGACGAUAAAGAUGUGCAACAGUAAUAGACCAAACACCUUUGAAACGCUGAAGCUUUGA